AUGCAGAUCAUCGUCAAGCACCGCAACCGCUUCUUCGCCAUUGCGCUGUGGAGCGGUGCGACGUCCAUCAUCAUGUUCUGGCUCGUGCUACGGCGCUCCGGCUUCAACACCGGUUACAGCCGCUGCUCGUAUCUCGUGAUGAUGGGCGAGUACAAGCAGCUGCUCGAAGCUGGCACCUUCCCGAGCAACGAAAGCCUGCCUCCGCACCUGCGACUAGACAAGCCAUCCUAUUUAGACCUCCCAACGACGGACAUUGCCCUUCCGCCGUUGAUUGAUGUAAGUCUCUCGGACAAGGACCAGGUGACACGGCUGGAGAGCCAGCUGCCAUCAACGGAGCGCUCCGAUCUGCACGUACACUUCGGUCCCUUCAAGACACAGACGAUUAUCAUGACACCGAACUCGAAUGAUCGCUAUGUGCGACGACGGCUGGGGCUCUCGCAGAAGGACCGCGCCGCGCUCGCAGCGGAUGGAGCGACAGAUGAGUGA